AUGUGGAAGCUGGUGCCCGCCGCGGGAGCAGGAGAGCCGUAUCGGCUUCUGGCUGGCACCGACUAUGUCGUGGGGCGCAAGAACUGUGCCAUUUUGAUACAGGAUGACCAGUCCAUCAGCCGGAGCCACGCGGUGCUCACUGUAACUCGUCCUGAGGCAACCCUUAGCCAGUCUCUCUCAGGCCCUCUAUUAACAAUAAGAGAUACCUCCAAAUAUGGUACCUUUGUUAAUGGAACAAAACUGAAUGGCACUUCAAGGACUUUGCAGUCUGGUGACAGAGUCAAUUUUGGAGUCUUUGAGAGCAAGUUUAGAGUAGAAUACGAGUCUUUAGUUGUCUGCUCCUCGUGUUUAGACAUCGCUGGAAAAACUGCCCUGAAUGAAGCCAUCCAGCAGCUGGGAGGCCUUGUAGCCAACGAAUGGACCACUGAGUGUACUCACCUUGUUAUGGUGUCAGUGAAAGUUACUGUUAAGACUAUAUGUGCUUUGAUUUGUGGUCGACCGAUUAUAAAGCCAGAGUUUUUUAUGGAAUUAAUCAAAGCUAUUCAGUCCAGACAAUGUUUGCCAGCUCCUGAAAGCUUUUAUCCCCCGGUUGAUGAGCCUUCCAUUGGCACUGAAAAACUGGAUCUAUCUGAGCAUCGUGAAAGGAAAAGGAUAUUCAGUGGAAAAACUUUCAUUUUUCUAACUGCCAAGCAGCACAAGAAACUGAGUCCAGCAGUUACUCUUGGAGGAGGAGAAGCAAAAUUGAUGACAGAGGGAAAAAAAGAAACUUCUUUCCUGACUGAUCCGGAAGUUUGUGUUGUUGAUGUUGGUCUGACAAACUCACAGAUCCAAGUAUCUGAGUCUGUAAGGAACUGGACUGAUUCCAUUCUGACUCUUCUGCAUAGCAAGGAUCUAAGGGCUAUUCCUGAGGCAGAAAUUGGACUGGCAGUUAUCUUCAUGUCCACAGAAAGGUACUGCAACCCUCGAAAGCAGCCUGGAGACAAAGCUGCAUCUAAAGCUGCUUCUACAUCAGCUGUCCUAGGGCCAGCCAUUUCCCAGAGUUUGGCUGUGGAUGAAACCGUAGUGCCAGCGACUCUGGACAGCACAGUAUACAUAGCUGAUACCCAGCUGGAAGAGCAGGCAUGCACGGAGACAGUGAAAACUCCCCAGAGGGACAGAAGAGGAAAAAUGGCUUUUCAGGAUACAACUACUGUAAAGGGAAAUCCUCGUAUAAGUGGCAAUGUAAAUACAGGAACCUUGAUGUCUAGAAUGAACAAAACAUCUGGAUUUAGCCAAAAAAGUCAUCCUCUCUCACCGGGUAAAUUUUCAGAAGUGGCUAAACCUAAAGAGAGUGUCUCGCAUCAGCAGUCCAACUCAAUUACAAACUACUUCCAAGUAGCUAGAGGGAAAAGGGAAAGAACUGAAGAAGGAGGAGAAACAUCCGUACCUAAACUGGCAAAAUUGGAGGAAACUUUGUCACCAGUUUUCAAGCAUACUCAGUCCACAGCUUCAUCAGCAGGGUACAUCAAAGCAGAACAGUAUCAAAAGGAAAGAAAGAUUCUGGACCAAAAAGCAGAUUUUGCACUGGAAGACACAGGUAUAAAGAGGGAAACCAGUAAACUAGCAAAUGAUAAAACUGACAAUACGGAAAAGCAAGCACCAAAGAAGAGAAAGGAGCUGGAGGAUUUGUCUGAAGAUACAGAGGCACUAGAAAUUGUGUUUGGAAGCAGAGACCUAGACUGGAAAGAUGACAUGGAAGGUUAUGGCCAGAAAUCCCAAGGCAAUAUGCUAAAAAAAAGAUGUUUGGAAGCAAGAGGAAGCAAAACUGAAGAAGUAAAUGUAACCCCAAGAGAGGAGAGUAAAAUACUGAAAGAAGAGGAACUUCGAUCGGUUUUAACUCCUGGAAAGAAAACUGAUAUUAAGCAAGAGUUGUCAGCCAUGGUAAGGAAUACAUCAAUUAACCACAACAGUCUUCAAGAUGACUCCAGCAAUCUUCCUAGCAGACUGCUGCUGACUGAGUUCAGGUCACUGGUUGUCAGCCGAGCAAAAACAAACAGUCACCUCUUUACAAACACCAGUUAUGGGGGACAGAAAAAUUUCAAGACCUUCAAAAAGGUUGCUUAUCCAGGGGCAGGACAACUUCCGUACAUCAUUGGAGGAUCAGAUUUGAUUGCUCACCGUGCUAAAAAGAAUUCAGAGCUGGAAGACUGGUUAAGGCAAGAAAUGGAGGAACAGAAUCGACAUGCAAGAGAAGAAUCACUUGCUGAUGAUCUCUUUAGAUAUGAUCCUAAUGUGAAAAGGAGAAGAUAAAUUGUGACCUGAAUGUACAGUACUUCUCUAGCAAAAUCUGCUUUCUGCUGCUUAUAAAUGUUUACUGAUUACAAUG